AUACGGCAGCCAGCGACCGAAACAGUGAGAAGGGAAGAAAAUAGAGGAACGGAACUUCAACAAAGGAGCAGCCAGACCUAUUCCUAUUCUCCGUUCCCCUUCCUUCCUCCUCUUUCCUCUUUCCCUCUUCCUCCAUUAUGUGAGGAAAAGAAAAAAAAAAAAAGAGAAAAUUCCUUCCUUCUAGUUCUUGUUCUUCUUCUUAUUAUACUUUAAUUCUGCCGAGAAUAGUUGGAUUUUUGAUGGAUUUGGGAAGGCGGUGGAUGGCGCUGCGGGCACUGCUAGUGAUAUCGGUUCUUCCCGGCUUGGUUCUCGGAGGGGAUAUAGUCCACGAGGACGACGAGGCCCCGAAGCUGCCAGGAUGCUCUAAUAACUUCGUUCUGGUAAAAGUGCAAACCUGGAUUAACAACAAAGAAGAUGCUGAGUUUGUUGGUGUUGGUGCUCGAUUUGGCACAACAAUUGAAUCAAAAGAAAAGCAUGCUAACCGAACUCGGCUUUUGUUGUCAGAUCCUCCUGAUUGCUGUCGGACACUUAAGAAAAAGCUUGCUGGAGAUGUCCUAUUAGUGCAACGAGGAAACUGCACAUUUACGACCAAGGCAAAGGUUGCAGAAGCAGCUGGUGCUUCUGCCAUCCUUAUUGUAAAUAACCGUAAGGAAUUAUACAAGAUGGUCUGUGAUCGCAAUGAAACAAACUUGAAAAUAAACAUAUCAGCAGUUAUGCUGCCACACGAUGCAGGUGUAAGCUUAGAGAGCAGCGUCAGAAGUGGUGCCUCGGUUGCAGUGCAGCUAUACUCUCCAGAUCGUCCUCUUGUUGAUACAGCAGAGGUGUUUCUAUGGCUUAUGGCAGUUGGUACCAUCUUAUGUGCAUCUUAUUGGUCAGCAUGGAGUGCUAGAGAAGCAUCUAUUGAAUAUGAAAAGUUAAUAAAGGAUGCCCCAGAUGAGAUACUCAACAUGGAAGCCACAGGCACCGGUGGUGUGGUGGACGUAAACACAACAUCAGCUGUUUUGUUUGUUGUACUUGCAUCAGGCUUCUUGAUCCUACUUUACAAAUUUAUGUCCCAUUGGUUUGUGGAGCUUUUGGUGGUUCUAUUUUGCAUUGGUGGAGUAGAGGGCCUACAAACAUGCUUGGUAGCUUUGUUAUCACGAUGGUUUAAACGUGCUGGGGAAUCUUUCAUUAAAGUUCCCUUCUUUGGAGCUGUUUCAUACCUUACACUGGCAGUCUCACCAUUCUGCAUUGCUUUUGCUGCUGUAUGGGCUGUUUAUCACACCUUGUCCUAUGCCUGGAUUGGCCAAGAUAUCCUGGGUAUUGCUUUGAUUAUUACGGUUCUCCAAAUCGUUCGAGUACCGAAUCUUAAGGUGGGUACUGUGCUUCUCUGCUGCGCAUUCCUGUACGACAUCUUUUGGGUUUUUGCUUCAAAGAGGUGGUUUCAUGAGAGUGUGAUGAUUGUGGUUGCACGUGGUGAUAGGACUGACGAGGAUGGUGUACCCAUGUUACUCAAGAUCCCACGCAUGUUUGAUCCAUGGGGGGGUUUCAGCAUUAUUGGUUUUGGUGACAUUAUCCUGCCUGGGCUGCUAAUUGUAUUUUCAUUAAGAUAUGACUUUGCUGCAAAGAAAAAUCUACGAGCUGGUUAUUUCUUGUGGUCCAUGGUGGCUUAUGGUUCUGGUCUUCUUAUUACGUAUGUUGCUCUGAAUCUAAUGGAUGGACAUGGUCAGCCAGCUCUUCUUUACAUCGUCCCCUUCUUGCUGGGCACCUUCUUGGCUUUGGGGCGGAAAAGAGGUGAACUUGGAAAUUUAUGGACAAGAGGAGAACCAGAGAGAAUAUGUCCUCAUAUUCAACCUGUUCAAUAGAUAUCUAUAUUUUGACAGCAAAAAAAUAGAUUUCUCUGUUUAUAUGCAACACUAAACAUGUAGCAUUUAACCUAUAACGGUACCUGUGUAAUAGUCCAGAACUGGUGGUGACUUUGGAAAAGAUUCUCGUAUUGAGCUUUAUUCAAUGUUGUAUUUUACCGCUGACUCGCGUUUCAAAAUUUAACAAGUUGAAUUGUUUCUAA